AUGGUGCUGGGAAUUUUGACUGCUAUCGCUGCUUGCCCCGCAAUCAUAGGCACAACUGAAGCAGUGCGUCAAGGCCAAAGACAAAAUGCCAGGGAAAAGCAUCGUGGCCUGAAGACGAACCUCUCCGUAUCCUGUUCGCGAGCCACAAGAAGUGGUCGAGAAAUCGAUCAAUGCGAAGUGGUACUCAGCGAAAACAAGCUUUAUCUCAAUGUACCGUCAGAUGAGUUUCCGGACGGCCAUCCCGAAGAUCACCCAUUUGCAGGCUACUUCCUGCCGUUCCCAGACCAAGACUGGGGACGACAGGGGGAAGGCAUGGUAUCGACCAACUCAGAUGACCCACCCCAGUUGAACUGGAUAUAUGUGGAUCGCGACACUUGCGAAGUCAAACACGGCGAUCGAGUUGCUUCAGAACCUCAGAUCGUUGGCCCAUGGGACGUGACAAGGAUGGAUCGCCGGGUCACAUUCAUGGGUUGGGAGGGGUUUAUGGCUGUUCAAUAUGGACCUGGAGAGUGGGCGCUCUAUUUCGAUGUCGACGACAACGGGCUGCGAGGCGUUAUUGGGGAUGACUUGGUAAGGGUGGAGGUUGAGCUAGUACGGAAAGAAAGAAGGCAAAGACGGAUGUCGUGUGGUCCGGGAGCCGGACCUGGGGCUGCGGUCGAAACUCCAAAAGACGACGACUAG